CACCUCAUUCACACUUUAUCUUCCUCAACCGAGCACGUACACACACUCUCAGGCACACUCAGCUCACACCGCAGACACCAUGGCCCCUACCGCUCUCCAGACAGGUGGCUUCAUACUGGGGCUGCUCGGAGCGGCAGCCAUCAUCGCCGCUACUGGCAUGAACAACUGGAGUGCCAAGGAUCGCCAGGGCGACGUGGUGACCUCAGUGUACACCUACAAGGGUCUGUGGCAGGACUGUGAGACCACCUCCGCAGGGAUGACUGAAUGCAGGCCCCUCUACGGCCUCCUUGGAUUCUCAGGUACCUUUCAAGCUGUGAGAGCACUGAUGAUCGUAGGUGUGGUUCUGGGUGUCAUUGGGACAAUUAUAUCCGUGUUUUCCCUGAAGUGCCUCAAAAUAGGAAGCAUGGAGGACUCAUCCAAAGCUAAGAUGACCCUUACUGCUGGGAUCAUGUUCAUCAUUGCCGGUGUUUGUGCCCUAGCAGGAGCCUCCAUCUACGCCAAUCAGAUUGUGGCUAGUUUCAUGAUUAUCACCAACCAGAACUAUGGAGGGGGGAUGGGAGGAAUGGGAGGGAUGGGAGGAGGGAUGGGAGGAGGGAUGGGAGGAAUAGGAGGAGGGAUGCCCAGGUACACAUUUGGGCCUGCCCUCUUUGUAGCCUGGAUAGGCGGGGCUGUGCUGUGUGUGGGCGGAGUCCUGAAGUGUGUGGCCUUCAGGGGUAUGCUGCCUGACAAGGCAAGCUACCCAGGAGUGGCCUACAAAGCCCAGGUCCAUAACAAGCCUGUGUACGACGACGCUCAUUCAGAGGGCGGGAAGAAAGAGAAUCUGAAAUAUGUAUAAUUUUCAAUGUUUAGAGAUAUCCUGCUCCAUUUUCAUAUAGUACAUGCUUGCAAGUCUUUUGUCCCACAGUACAGAGAGCAAAAUGUAUAAUUAAAUGUAUAUUGUUUCAUUGAAUUUUUUUUACUGCUGGUGUAAAAAUUGACACUUGUAAGCUAUAAUACUCUAUUAUAGCUCUUAUGCCAUUAUGAUAGCACAUUUGUAUCGCUAAGUUUCCUAAAUAAAUUCCUAAAUGUUCAACUUGUUGCCUUGGCUGAUGAGAUGGAAAUGUUCCAGUUACAGAACAAACGCACGAUGCACUUAAGAAACAAACUGUAAUACAAUUGUAAACCACUAGACGGCAAGACUGCUUUAACUUUUACUUGCAAAUGACUUGAAUUGACUGCAGAAACUCAUGAGCUUUACACAAGUUCCCAAUUCAGGGAAAAGAGACACAUGCAUCGUCACUGGGUUAAAUAGCCCUGCCGGAAAGAAAACAGACAAAAGUUUUUUGAAGGUUCAUACAUUUAUUUUUUUG